CCUUGAUCAUGCUUCCCUUCAUCGUUAUAGCACUGUACCUUGCCCUCGCAGUCUCGGCGUCUCCUGGGUGCAAGGUGACUCCCUACGAUGCAGACUGGCCAUCCCACGAGGACUGGGCGGCCCUCAACCGAUCGAUCGAUCAUCAACUUCUCAGCACCGUCCCAGUAGCUUCAUCGUGUUGGUCCGGCAACCCAUUCGGAUCAACCGUGCCCUGCAACACCGUCAACUCGACGUGGGCCGACGCCUCGUGGCAUGCUCAGCUUCCCGAGUCCAUCGACUAUCCCGUCUAUGCGAACAACUCGUGCUUGCCGCCGAGUGCCUCGGGCUAUGUGGCUGAGCGCGGUUGCACGACAGGCGGCAUGCCGCAAUACGUCGUGAAUGCCACCAAUGAAGCGCAGAUCGCGACUGCAAUGAAGUGGGCUGCUGCACGCAAUAUUCGGAUUGUGGUCAAAGGAACGGGUCAUGAUCUCAAUGGAAGAUCUAGUGGUGCUUUUGCCUUGUCCAUCUGGACUCACAACUUGCACAAGUUGGAACGCCACCCCUCGUGGCAGAAUCCAGCUACCAAUGUAUCCCAAGAUGUGUACGUCGUGGGCAGCGGCCAGACAUGGGGUAACGUACUCACUAAGGCGCUGGAGCAAGGAAGAGUGGUGACCACCGGCCAGGAUCCCAGCGUCGGGCUUGGCGGCUAUAUCCAAGGGGGAGGCCACGGGCCUUUGUCGCGCACGUACGGUCUCGCGUCGAGCCACGUCCUGCAGAUGCGAGUGGUGACGACGAAAGGUGAAGUGCUGGUCGCAAAUGAGGCCGAGAACCAGGAUCUGUUCUGGGCGCUCCGUGGCGGCGGCCCGGGGCUGUACGGAGUCGUUACCGAGUAUGUGAUUAGACAUCAUCCAGCACCGCGGAAUGUCGUCCUGGGUGAUGUUCUGAUCGCUCCCAAGGAUGGCAACAACCACAGCGCUGAGCUGUCCUGGGACGCCGCCGUGACCCAUCUGUCUGCACUUCCCGACCUCAUGGAUGCCGGACUGGCUGGGGCUUGUAUGAUAGCUACGGGCAAUACGGCAAAAUCGUUCGCGUCGCUACACGAGUCCACCGCGGGCGUGGUGGUCAAGCAGGUCUUCUGGGCCUUCAACUCCACACCCGCCGCAAUGGAAGCUCUGGUAAAUCCCGUCCUGGCGAACAUCACCAAGGCGGCCAGGGGAAAUAGCAGCCUGAGCAUCACCUUCACCGCAACCGAUAGCGGGAAUUACUCUUCCUUCUACAGUGCCAUCUCUGGCAGUGAGGUUGCAGGGGGCGAGAGCCUGGUCUCCAGUCGUCUACUGGGGCGGGCUGAGCUGAUUGACACCCCCCACCAGAAACAGAAAGAGUAUCUCAAAAUCGCGAUGCGCUCGCAGGACACCGAAGGUGGUACAUACGCUACGGUUGGUCUCCAGGGCGGACCUGGCGUACGCAACACGCCCGAGAAAGCCUGGGGAGCAUUGCUUCCCGCCUGGCGACCUGCAUAUCUCCAUUUUAUCACCAAUGGUGCUACUGUGAACUCUGUAGCCGCAGGCUCGCCCAAAUUGGCUUUGGAAAAGGCGGCGCGGUGGAAUGAGGCCAAGGAGCAGAUGUGGAGGGAGUGGUCGCCCAAAUCUGGAGCCUACAUGAACGAAGCCAACUCUUACGACAGCAACUUCAAGCAGGACUUCUAUGGUUCUAACUACGAUCGCCUGGUGCAGAUCAAGAAGAAGCAUGAUCCUAGCUACAGUCUGUUUGUGCUUUCGGGUGUGGGCAGCGAUGAGUGGGACUAUGAUUUGGACACGGGGAAGCUUUGCAGGAGGAACUGA